CCUGGGGGAAAAAGUCCCGGACCCUCCGAGAGGGCGGAUUCCAAGAUGGCGGCGCGGCCGGGUUGCCGCGAGUGGCCUUGACGGAGCCGGUGUGAAGCGACCGCCUCGGAGGCCCUAAGAAGCGGCAGCGGUCCCUUCCCCACGCCCGAAGAGAGACGACAAGGCGCCGGUGGUGGGGCCGGCGAGCGGGCCGCGGUUACGGGCACAUCAAAAAUGGCCCCAGCCUGCGAACGGCUGCAGUUUCGAUUUCCUGGCUACGGCGAUGGGGUGCUGCACCGCAUGGACCAGCUAAGGCAGCAGAGGCGCUUCUGUGACGUGACAGUGCAGGUGAACGACCUGCGGGUUCCCGGGCACCGUGUGGUCUUUGCUGCUUGCUCCCCUUUCUUGCGCGACCAGUUCCUGCUCAAUGACUCCCAGGAGGUGUCCGUCUCCCUCUUCCAGAGUCCAGAGAUCGGGCGCCAGCUUCUCCUCUCUUGCUACACAGGAUGCCUCGAGGUGCCCAUCAAGGAACUGGUCAACUACCUAACAGCUGCUUCCUUCUUGCAGAUGGGCCACGUGGUGGAGCGCUGUGCGCAGGCGGUCUCCCACUACUUAGUCCCCAAGGCAGACACCCUGCUGCGGGAGGAGCAGGCGGAGGGGAGCUAUUCCCAGCAGGAUGGGGAAGAAGAAGGGGAGGAGAAGCAACCUCCUUCACCUAUGGGGGAGACAGAUUCUGAGGAUGUCAAAGUGGAAGUGCCUGAGUUCACCCCACGCGACUCCCACGGCCCCUCUUCUCCUGCAAUCUCCCUCUCCCUCAUCAACUCCGCUGUGGAGAUCACGCGCAGCUACCUGCAGGGUUGCUAUGACGACGAAGCAAGCAGCGAAGGACUCACUUUCCCUCCAGCGGCUCCUGCCCCUGCCCCUCAGUGGAGGAACUACCCGCUGCAUCGUCACCGGCAUGGCACGGCCAUGGCGUACAGGGACUGGCGGGCGGGUGGCGGGGUGGCAUCGUGGAAAGUGCCGGGGCUGGAGCGCCCGUACCGGUGCCCCCGCUGCAACAGUGUGUUCCAGCAGCUGGGGAACUUUGUGAGCCAUGUGCAGGAGCACAAACUCUUCCUGUGCCUCCGCUGCGGCAAAGUCUUCUCGCAGAAGAGCAACCUGACGCGCCACAUCCGCGUGCACACCGGCUUCAAGCCCUUCCAGUGCCCCGUCUGCCGCAAGUGCUUCACCCAGAACGCCACCCUGCAGGACCACCUCAACCUCCACAGCGGCAUCAAGCCCCACAAGUGCAACUACUGCGAAAUGCACUUCACCCACAAACCGGGCCUGCGGCGCCACCUCAAGGAGAUGCACGGCAAGAGCACCGUCCAGAACAGCCACGAAGAGAUUGAAGAGGUCACCAUUGACUUUGAUUGAUGCGAGAGGAGGGCGGGAGGGGAGGCUGCAAACCGAGCGGAAGAUAGUCUUCUGUGAGGCCGGGCAGAGUCUUCAGUCAGUCCAAAAUUCCUUUCAGUGAAAUAUGGGCUACGUGAACUGGGUAAGAGGCACCCUGCAGACAGAAGCAGUCGACGCAGGGGUGUCACAGGCACACUCGUUGCUUUUCAAGUAGUAAGGGAAGUGCUGUGGCUAUAGAGUGUUUACUGUAGAAGAGCACAGAGGACAAGGACUGAACCGUCAUCUGGAUAGGAGACAAAAUCGCCCCACAGCAAGGAGAGGCUGUUGAGUGAGGAUGCUGCCUGAGGAUGUCUAGGCCUGUUUUGUAAAUGGGUUCACGUGAGGGGAAGCCGCUGCCUCAGACAGUGGAUUUUGGGUGCUCUUAACGGCAGCAGUGGGGACACGAGAGAGCUGGCUCAUGGGGCACAAUCCACUGGGCAAGCCCCAGUGAAAUGAAGGGGAGCCCUGCAAGAAUGUGAUGGUGCUUUGGUAUAGCUCCCUUUCAGUGUGUGUGUGUGUGUGUGCGUGUGCAGAAGACCAUCAUGGCGGAUUAGUGUGUAAUGGGAUUGCGAUUUAGAUUUCCUACCUCACACGUGUCAGUGUUUGCUCUGGCCCCGGUGUGGCCGCUGCAGAAUCAGCCAUCUGACUCAACACCAGAAGAACUUAAUCAAAUAGGGAUGACAGGAGAUGGAAGUUUACAGUUGAUUGAUGGAUUAAAAUUAACGUCAUUGGGUUCGGGUGGCAGACACCCAAUAAUUCUUGAAAUGAUUGCUAAUCUUAUAAUAAAAGAUACCACAUGUCACUAAAAUUGGUCUCCUUACCAAGAUGAUUGGAAAGUGGUCAACAUUUUGCUGCUGGUUUUUUCGAAAGGGGGAAAGCAAGACAUUAACAGGCCACUUGGCCUAAGGUCUGCCUCUGCUAAAUUGAGGGAAUACGUUGUUAAUGAUAGAUGUAUGGAGCACACUGAAGAAGUAAGUCUUGCUUACUAUCAACAUGGCUUCUUCAAAGGAAAGUCCUGCCUGACCUGCCUUCUUUAGAUCUUUGCAAGUGUCUACAGCUCCAUGUAAGCUAUCAGCCUUGACACCUAUAUGAAGAUUUCUUCUUGUUCAGAGGAAGUGUGCCACAUGGUACCAGUUGCUGGGGUGUAACAGCAAGGGAGUCUAUUGGAAUUUUUUUUCUGCUUAAGGCUGUGUUGGUGGACUUUUUGGAGGCAUCUUGCUGGUCGCUGAUGGAAAAUAGAUACUGGAGUAGAUGGACCUCUAGUCUCAUCUCUCAGGUUUGUACACCAGCCUUACAAUUAAGCACUAGCCUAGCUGGUGUAAGCAACCAGAAAUUCUAUGCCGGCAAGCAAGUAGUUUGGCAGAGAAGGGGUGAGCAUAGAAACCAGGUGGGCUUCCCAAAGAGAGGAGCCUCUUCCUCUGUGCCCAUCAUUGAAAUGAGGUGACCCACUGCAGGAGAGAUGGAGCCAGCCCCCAGCAGACGACGACUACUACUACUACUACUUUUUUAAUUAAUUAAUUAAUUAAUUUUGUAGGCUACUAGCUUUCGUAGGAUUAUUUACAACAUUCUCUUUCAUUCUCUAUUUUCUUUGGGGUAGGAAUCACCCGUGAUCCCAGUAGGCCCUUGUUGGACAUAUGCGCCAACCGAGUUUGCGCAGCGACUGGGGCGAUGUAAUAAAAGCUUGCCUGCAA